UCUUUGGAAUAUACCGUUUGCAUCGUUUGUACGCAAAAAUUUUCUGUAUUCUAACCGUGGUUUGUAUUUGUAGAAUAUUUCUAUCAUCUUUGUUAAUACGUAUUUGAACAUCUGAAAGUUUCCUAGUUUUCAGGAAAAUAACUACAAUGACCGAAUGGGUGGAAGAAAACUGGGACGACGACGACCGAACUCCCGCUAAACCAUAUGUAUGUUAUAAUGACAACCAAAAUAACUCCUUUGCCAAAGGACGACAACAUAACUCAGAUCGCGGUCAUACCGGUGGAAAACGCAAUAACUACCAAAGGCAUGAACACAGUCAAUCCAUAAAUAUUCCAUCGGAUUGUAUUGGUUUGGUUAUAGGUCGGAGUGGUGCCAACAUAAAACGUGUACAGAAUGAUUUCCAUGUCCGAGUAGAUCUUGACAAAAUAAGUGGUGUAGCCACUAUUAGUGGAAAUAAUGAGCAAGAUGUUAAUGACGCAUACAAAUAUAUUGAGAAUCAAAUGGAUUCAGGUGGACGGGAUAGCUAUGGAGGUUCUCGCAGUGCCGGUGGAAGUAGUGGUAAUUAUCACUUCAAAAGUGAGGAAAACGAAGAAAGGAAAUUGGGUAGUUCCAAUAACUAUACUACAAAGGAGUCAAGCUAUUCUGGAGAACAAACCGAGUCCAAAUUUACCGGUAUUAUUGAUUGGGAUGCCGCGAAUCGUAGAGCGAAAGAAGAAAACACAAAACGCUGGGCUAAAUGUCCACCUCUUACCAAAAACUUCUACAAAGAAGACCCUGAAGUAGCAAAUUUAACACCAGAAGAGGUAGCUCGCAUACGAAAAGAAAACAAUGAUAUAUCGGUGUCACGGGUGUUUAAACAAGAUGACGAUUCAGAUAUUCCGAAUCCAAUAUGGAAAUUUGAGCAGUGCUUUGGGGCUUACCCUGAUUUAUUGCACGAAAUUCACAAACAAGAAUUUAUCAAGCCAUCUCCCAUACAAUCACAAGCUUGGCCGAUCCUUUUAAGGGGCGAGGACAUGAUUGGCAUAGCACAAACAGGUACAGGUAAAACUUUAGCUUUUUUGUUGCCCGCUAUGAUUCAUACCGAGUACCAAAGCACACCACGGUCACAGCGUGGGGGGCCCAAUGUAUUGGUGCUUGCUCCGACACGAGAACUUGCUCUACAAAUUGAAAAAGAGGUCAACAAAUAUUCAUUUCGUGGCAUGAAGGCUGUGUGCGUAUAUGGCGGAGGCAAUCGUCGAGAACAAAUAAGCAACGUUCAGGACGGUGUUGAAAUCAUUAUUUGUACUCCAGGACGUCUUAAUGAUCUCAUUGAAGCCAAUGUUAUUAACGUGUCUAGUGUAACGUAUUUGGUUUUGGACGAAGCUGAUCGUAUGUUAGAUAUGGGUUUUGAACCGCAAAUACGAAAAGUUUUAUUGGAUAUCCGACCUGAUAGACAAACUGUGAUGACAAGUGCAACUUGGCCCCCAGGGGUGAGACGUUUGGCACAAAGCUAUAUGGGUAAUCCUAUACAAGUAUGUGUAGGGUCGCUUGAUUUGGCCGCAACGCAUUCGGUCAAACAAGUGAUAGAAAUACUGGACGAAGAAGAUAAAUAUUUCGCGAUUAAACAGUUUAUCAGAAACAUGAGAGAAAAUGACAAAGCGAUCAUCUUUUGUGGAAAGAAAGUUCGUGCAGAUGAUUUGUCUAGUGAUUUGUUGUUGGAGGGUGUUUCGUGCACCGCUAUACAUGGCUCUAGAGAGCAGGCCGAUCGAGAACAAGCCAUUGCCGACAUAAGUACAGGAUAUAUCAAGUUGUUGAUAGCAACAGAUGUCGCUUCCAGAGGUCUAGAUAUAGAUGAUAUUACACAUGUGGUGAACUAUGAUUUCCCUCGCAACAUUGAGGAAUAUGUGCAUAGGGUUGGACGUACCGGUCGUGCUGGCCGUACUGGAACAUCGAUUAGUUUUAUAACUCGCAACGAGUGGGGUGUUGCCAAGGAGCUUAUAGGCAUCUUGGAAGAAGCUGGUCAGGAAGUACCAACUGAACUUCGUGAUAUGGCAAGUCGUUUCAAAGCGAUGAAGGAUCGACGUGCAAACGAGAUGUCAAAAUUCAAUAAUAAUUUCCGUGAUCGAAAUGGUGGAGGUGGACGUGGUGGACGAGGGCGUCGCGAUUAUUAUUAAAUAUCCUUUCUGGAAUUGAAAUUCGUCGCACUAAAUAUCGUGAAUUGCUUCGUUAUACAUUAAAAACGUGAUGAAUUGAAUUAAAACAUAAAAUCAUUUUUUUAA